GCGCGUUCAUGCGGCGGUGAGACUAAUUUUAAAUCUCCAACUCCGCAUUUUGCUUUGGUAUGCAACUUGCCUGCAUGUUUAGACUGACUCUGUAGACAAUCAUCGACAAAAGAUUACUACGAAUCACAUCUCUGCGUCUCUUUAAUGCGCGAAAUCCUUCUUUGACUUAUUGGGAAAGCUAGUAAGACAUUUUGACACGCUACUUUAAGGUACCCGAAAAUAGAGGUGCAUAUUCAAAUCAUAUUAAUCACUUCGAUCUUUCCCCCCAUUUCAGCUCUCUUUUUCGAUCUUCUUUCUUCUUUGCGACUUUCCCCCUUCUCCUCCUCCUCCUCCUCCUUUCUUUUCCUUUGUGGAGUCCCGCGGAUAGAUACAUUUGAUUCUACGCGUCAAUGUCACCGUGCUAUUAAGUACGCUCUCUCGAGGAUUGGCAAUGGCGAGUUACAAGGUUAGUUUUCGUCCAUCUCAAGAUCCAUAAUUCAGACUCGAUUGAUUGCAUGCACCUUCCCUACUCCCGAGGACGAUCUUAUAACCUCCCUCGAGGCUUAACAAUUACUAAUUAUAUAUCUCAUCAGACUCCUCGCCGCCAGUCGAUGGAUCAUCCUAUGGACGAAAGUCCGUUCGAUGAUCGCACCUACUCCAUCGAUUCGAAAACGGGCUCGAAAAGACUGUACAGUAAUCGCAAUGCUCGACCGACAAUUCUGGUAGAUGAUGAUGGUGAAGGUGGAAAGUAUUUGGGCCCUGCUUUCGAUCAUGAUGAAGAAUAUCCAGAUGGGAAGCGUCACCGCUCUGAAAAUUGGCCUUUGCCUCCGGAGCCUGUUCAGCAGGGAAAUCCUCCACCUCGACAUCCUUCACGCGCUCGCAGUCGAACCAGUCAGAGAAGUCGAAGAUCCACAGCAUCGCCUUCACCUGUGCGCCCUAGUCUCCAUAGAUCUCGUCCCUCACGAUUUUUGGAAGGUAGUAUGAACGAUAAAGUCAGUAAGAUUCCGCCCACACCUUACCUAUUCCACGAAGAGGAGCUUCGGGAGCGAUACAUUGAGGAUGAGCUUAUGGGAAGGAAUGGCCGGGCGACUCCAGGUAUGAAGAUGGGGAGGCAGGGGCUCAUGCAGCAUUCAAAUAAAUCCAUGGGUGCGGAAUCGUCACUCGCAGCUAUGUCCGAUACUUCCCGACAAUCAUCUAUAUUUCGAUUCGGUAGUAAGCUUGCAGCUUCAAUCAAACCAUCCAACUGGAAGAUCUUUUCAAAGUCGCAGAAAAUUGUAGAGGAGACGCCCCAGCAAAGAGCUGUACGAGAGCGCCAAGAGAAGGCGGAGAAGAUGUAUCACGAAUUGAAGGCGAAUGGAUUCUUUCGAGAUGGUGCAAUUGUUCAACAGCCGGGCUUCAGACCUCUCAGACAUUCUAUGGAUCAGACGCCGCGAUUCAAGCAUGAUUCUGGAGUCGAGUUGAAUGAUAAAUACCACUCGAGAGAAAAUUCGCCCAUAGAGGACAGGAGACAGACCAGACCUGUCACCAGCACUCAAGAUUUUUAUCGUGGCAGUCCCGCCUCUAAGUUCUCGGCUCCCGUUGAAGCUUCAACUCCUCAAAGUGUUUUCCACCGAAAGACACCAUCGAUGUCGAAUCUCAGAAAGAUGACAAGCAGAGAAUGGAUGUCGCGCCCUGCAUUGCCUGAACAUUCUCGAUCUGUAAGAAAGGUUCCGUCGAGAAAGGAGUUUCAAAGACAGCAGAAACUAGUUAAGCGUGUUAGUGAUUUGGAGACGAAGCUUGAAGACGCUCGCCGUCAAUUAACGGAGACCUUCGCGGAGCCACUUGCUGAGGAGCAGAUAUACCAGCCUCCUGAUUUUCAACAACGGCAACCCUACCAACAACCUUACAAGCAACCACACCAUCAACAGGCAUCACAUCCACUACCUCCCCCAUCAGACCGAUAUGGUAGAGCACGUUUUGUACCCGGUGCUCUAGCGACCCUUCCUUCUGAGCGACUUUUAAGCGGCUACGUUGAUCCUGAAGCAGACUUCAAUGACGAUGACGAUUACCAUAACAUUGGAAAAGCUAUUACAACACAAGAUAGCAUGGAUCAUAUUUCGACUGGGCCAAAUGAUUUGUUCAAGACUAAUCAACUCCGUAGUGUACAAGCCGGCCAGGCUUCCACUACAGUGCCAGAGGAGGGGUCGGAAUAUGUGCUGUCUAGCAUUGAAUCUGAUACUGAUAUGUCUGACAGCUACCAUCCCCAAGGAUUUAUCACUGGCGGAUCUGCUACUGGUGCCAAGAUGGCGGUUGAAGUCAAGUCCACAGAUUCGCGUGUUCUUUCACAACAAGCCAAUGUUGAAGAGGCAAAGGCUGGUCGACCUCGCGCAAUAAAGAAGAAAAAGAUUGCUGAGAAAGAUAGUGCCUUUAGACCUACACCCGAAUCUGAAUCCGAAUCUGAUCCCGAUCUCGAUAUCAUACCGCUCAAGAAGGUGAGGAGUAGCCGAACCCGGAAAUUAAUCAAUGAGAAGAGUCCUUACACCGGCCCUUCUACUCCCGAAAAGAGAGUUGUUUCGGACAAUGCUCGCAAUCCAACAGCCCGCUAUCCUGCCCCUGGUCGUGAAAUCGAGAGACCCAGAAGCAUUCUCGUGAAGCUCAGGAUUCCCAAGGAUUCGCCCCCCGCCAAGACUGAUGGUGAUUUCCUCAACUAUACUAGGCCGAGAGAAUCUCUAUCUCAACAAUCUCAAUACGAUGCCGAGGACCGAGAACCCAUUUCCGCGAAUGAUUUUUACGGAGCUCCCCCGGUACCCAAGGUCCCCCAACAUAUCCGCCUCCCUAGUGGUGAAAUGCUUCAGACCAGGAAUUCCAGACCGCAACAAACACAAAAGACCAAAGAACCCGGAGACUGGCCUGAAGAUCUCGAGAUAUUUUAAAUGAUUCCCCGAUCCAUACACGGCAUGCUUUACACACAACUAGCUACAUACAGAAUCAACGAGGAAAAUACCCCAGCAAAACCAACAAUUUGAUAUUCACCCGAAUGUGUUACGACUUUACGACAGACAUGAUGAUUUGAUAUUGUACUAAUUCUACGAAAUUCAUUUACGACCCCUACGCUUCUUUUUAACGGCAAUACACCUAAUAAUAUCUUGCUCAAUUUUUUCUUUAAUUUUUCUUUUGUUUACAUCUCUUGACUCUUUUACGACUGAUAUGAGAAAAACGUUUGUUUAUUUUGCCUAUUUGCAAGGGCAUCAUUGCAAUCAUUCGCAUAGCAUAAAAUAGGUAGUCAAAGUGAUUUGAGCGAGCACUUUUAGUCUUUGGACAUUUUAAUGCAUGUGCAUUUUCACGGCGAGUAAUUUGAGGAGAGAAGAGGGGAGGAUAGAAGGGCUGGAUCG